UGUCUGCAGAGUCCUCGGGUGGAGCCUCAGGGCGCCUCUGUCCUGAGUGGGACCAAACCUAAGACCAGCCUUGUGUCCGCUCAGGAGGGCGGUGGGUGUGGGUCCAGGGCGUGCUUCCGGCCACAGUGGAUGUGCCCCUGAACCUUCGUGUUCCUGUUCCCUGGGAAACGGAGGAGAGGGGGAGGGGGCUCAGGAGAAGGCGUCAGAUCUUGUCCCAGUUUUGGUGUCCGCUCCUCCCGACCUGCAGGGAAGCACCAUGUGCCAGGGGUCGUUGUCCUUCAGCGACGUGGCUGUCGGCUUCACCCGCAAGGAGUGGCAGCAGCUGGACCCCACGCAGAGGACCCUGUACCGGGACGUGAUGCUGGAGACCUACAGCCACCUGGUCUCCGUGGGGUGUCAGGUCACCAAACCGGCUGUGAUCUCCAAGCUGGAGCUGGGGCAAGAAGCGUGGAUGGAGGAGGAAGAAAUCCGCCGGUGGGGCGUCCCAGACCCCAGUGGGGGAUCCUCCCGGGGCCAGGCCAGCCUGCGCUCUGCGCCCCUGCGCUCCCGCACCGGACACCAGACAGAUCCCCGGGGCCCCAUCGCCCACGGCGACGCCAAGAGCAAAGGCAACGCCAACAGCAACGCCAAGAGCAACGGCAACGGCAAGGGCAAGCUUGGGAGUGGUGCGUGCUACUGCCACCUAGUGGGCAGAGACAGCGAUGCUGCUAACCAUCCUGCAUUGCACACAGGUCCUCCCCGAGCCGGGCUCAUCCAGUUCCAAACGUCCAUAAACGCUUUCCAGGUUCUGUCCCGGCGGCAUGCGGAGCCAUCGUGGCUCUGGGACGGCGAGGUCUCCGUCAAUCAGUGA